UUUUGUUAUUGUUUAUUCGUUUAUUCAAUCGGCUUUUUAUGAAAAGUAGUUUGUGGAUUGUAGUUAUUUUUCUUUCUAAUUUUUACUCUAACAGUGUUACUCAUUCACUAAUUGCUACAUCAAUAAGCUGAAAUCAAAAGGAUUGUUUGAAUUGAAAUAAAGUGUUUAGAAAGUAGUCAUUCCUUUGCAUAGGCUAGUCCUAGGUCAAAUAGCCUACCAGGACUAAGCCCAUAGUUGUAACGUAACAAAAUAUCAACUAAGUUAGGCCUAUUUGCUUAGGAGCUUAAUAUUAUCGUCUAUCGACUGCAAUAUAGAGCUUGCAAAGAAAUGGCUUCACCUGCUCCAAAAUCUCCAGAACAGAGUGAGAAAACCAAAAAAUAUGAUCGACAGUUGAGAUUAUGGGGUGAUCAUGGCCAGUCUGCUCUUGAAGCAGCUCACAUUUGUCUAAUCAAUGCAACUGGAAUGGGAACAGAAAUUUUGAAGUCACUAGUUCUUCCUGGAAUCGGGGCAUUUACUAUUGUAGAUGGUAAAACGAUAUCGGAAGAGGAUUUGGGAUCAAACUUUUUCACUGAUGUGGAUAGCGUCGGAAAGUCUCGGGCAGAGGUUACAACUCAAUUUCUAUUGGAACUGAACCCUGAUGUUCGAGGAGAUUACGUUGAAGAGAAUCCAAUCCAGCUUUUUGAAAACAAUCCACAUUUCUUCAGCGGUUUUAAUGUAGUGAUAGCUACAGGAAUUCCUGAAAGGUUAUUGAUACCUCUUUCCAAACAUUUAUGGGAGGCCAAAGUCCCUCUUAUUGUCGCUCGAAGUUAUGGCUUCAUUGGAUCCAUUCGGAUUCAAAUAGAAGAACACACCGUGAUCGAAUCACACCCAGACAACAUGACACCUGAUUUACGCCUUGACAGUCCGUUUCCAGCGCUCAAACAAUACAUGGACAGUAUCAACCUUCAGGAUUUAGAACUUAAAGAUCAUUGUCACGUUCCUUAUCUGGUCCCGCUGUAUAAAUGUUUGGUGAGGUGGAGAGAAGAACAUAAUGGCGCUCUACCAAAGAACUACAAGGAGAAGGAGUCUUUGAGGGAACAUAUCCGCUCAGAAAUGAGAAGGGAUGAGCAUGGCAACCCGGUGGAUGAAGAGAACUUCGAGGAGGCCAUCAGAGCUGUGAACUUUGCUGUUAUGGCCACAACCUUACCGAAGAAUAUUGAAGAAAUUCUAAAUGACAGUUCUUGUGUCAACUUAACAUCAAAGAGUAAGCCGUUCUGGAUUAUCGCAAAAGCUGUCCGAGACUUUGUCAAGAAUGAGGGAGCCGGAAACUUACCUUUACGUGGAUCUCUGCCUGACAUGACAGCAGACACGUCUAGAUAUAUCACUCUACAACAAUUAUACUACACCAAGGCGAGUAGGGAUGCAGAAGUAGUGUAUCGCAGAGUACAACAGCUACUGCAUCAGCUCAAUCAACCUGAUGACCUGGUAUCUGAAGCAGACGUGAAGCAGUUUUGUAAACACGCUGCUUCACUUUCUGUUUUACGUGGAUCUUGUAUUGCUGAUGAGUACGACCCUCGUUCACCUGCUGCUAACACUAUCGCUGUCAACCUAGAGACCCCAGAUAGUUUGAUGGUAUAUCAUGUGAUGAUGAGGGGUGUUGAUAAAUUCUUUGCGGAGUACAACACUUACCCAGGCGAAUUUGAUGACCAGGUCGAGCCAGAUAUUGUCAAGCUGAAGUCGUGUAUAGCUAAACUGCUCAAUGAGUGGGGCUGCCCUUCGGUGGCAAAGGAUGAUUACGUCCACGAGAUCUGUCGCUAUGGCGGCGCGGAACUACACUCAGUAUCUUCGUUCCUUGGUGGCUGCGUGGCCCAGGAAACCAUCAAGUUGAUCACCGGACAGUACAAACCCAUCAACAACACUUUCCUGUACGAUGCCAUCACUUCUAACACCUCCGUGUUCCUUCUGUGAUAAUUUUGUUUAUUAUUCAUUAAUAAAAUAUGUGUUUGCU